UAUUCUUGCCUGGUAUUUUACCUGUCAAUUGAACACUUUUCCAAAAUUGUGUAAGCGCCACGUUAUGGACCCACGGAUCUAUGGGGAGGGCCAUCCGUGACCAAAAACAUUUGAUUAAUUCAAUUUUCUUUGUUAUACUAGGUGUCGGUGCAAUCAGUGCAGAACUGAUUUGCUAGAAAAUGCCAGGGAAUACCGCUGCUGCUGGGAAGUCGAUCCUGCCAUGGGGAAACUCAUGUAUGAUGGAGCCAUGGACAGGGUGACUUGUGUGACGCAGCACCCAGAGUACAUAGACCUGACCAAGAGGGUGGUGUUAGAACAAGUAGGUCCUCUGCUGCGGGACAAGCAGGGCAGACCCUACCGCCGAAGAGCUGGUCAGGAUAUUAAUGAGUUCCUGAGAGCUGUGGCCUACAGGUGGCUCGUAAGGUGGAUGUGUGGAUACCUGGGAUGGGACAAUGCAAGACCACUCCCAGCAUGUGUGUACCACAAAAUCAGAUCCGACUUUAACACAGGCCAUGCUGGGGGGUACAGUUCAUCUGCUGAAAGACAAUAAAACUUCAUAUAAGUUGACAUAAACUUCAUGUUGGUAAAGGUUGGCACAACUGUAUUCUUUUGCACAAAAUUAUUUGUCAAUAUUGUCCAUCUGUAACCUACACAGGAUGGAAGACGAGUGAUAUCUUACUAUGGUCUGCAUCUUAUAU